UGUUGCAUCACUACAUAGAUCAAGGCGUGGUUAAGAGCAAAAGUAUCUCGCCCUACAGGUCGCAGAUACAUGAAUGUCGGGUUGGCUGACAUAACCAGCUGGACUGUCCAGAUGCAAGUCAGUCAGUCUCCAACAUCGACCCCUUCCCGAGACCUGCAGCGCCCCUGACCAGUCUUCCUUUCCGCAGAAUUGGUCUGCAGGCUCAUUAAUACUGAGGUUGAUAUGGCAUCAGCCCAUGCCUACUUUUGACACUCGUUUGCCUGUCUGUGCCAGCCCACAACGCGCCGGAUGUGACGGCCGCACCAUUUGUAGCUACCCCUUUCUUUCUCCAGGGUUAGCGUCAGCGACAUCACUCUCCAUCCCGGAGCACACCUCGUUGCCUUUGCUAGAUGGACCAUCACGUGCAUCAUGGCCGAACCUUCUCAGCUUGCGCUUCUAUGCGCUCUCACAUCUUUCUUCUACCUUUAUGAAAAUAUAGGCCGCCAUCCACUGCUUGAGCGACCACGGAUUUCCGAGGUACUGAUAUGCCUGAUAUCUGGUCUGGUCAUAUUUGCUGUCGGCCUUGCCUCUAAAUGGCUGCCCGUGACCAGUGGCCGGUUUGACAGGAAUGCUGGCUACUCCAAGCUUGGUGAGCCAGAACAGUCGGGAAAUCCCAGCAGGCCUCGCAGAUACUUCUGGCCGCUCUUGCUCGUUCUCAUUGUCAUCCGUCUCGAGUUGUCCCGCUGGCUUCAAUUUCGUCUUUUGUGUAAUAAGCCAGGCGUUGAAUGUCUGUUGCCUGUCUUGCUUGCCUUCUACGAUGCAUGCACCGCCAGGAAAAGAAGGCCGGUGAAUGAUCACGGCGAUGAUGACUACGACAUGAUGGGGAACGACGUCUUCGAAGACAUUGCCUUUUGGUGGAUGAACUCAAAGAUUGUCCUACUCACGGGCACGUCACUGCUCAGCUACGGUGCAUACUUGCUGCUCCAACCGAGUGUGCAGUUGACUACCUUCUGCCCGGAGUCGCAAAACAAAACGACGAUUCUCGCUCUGCAGUACCUGGGGGUCUUCCUUGAUGCCGCCAUUCUCAUCCUUGCCUGGCGGAUACUCACUUCCAGCCGCACAACGGCCACCAGACUUAGAAGCCUCAGUGCAAUCCUGGUCUCGGCUUCAGUACUCAUUUCUCUGGUCGUCCUCAUCCCCAGUCUUAUCAGUUAUCGGCUCAGGGGUUACUUUCACUUUGCCGAAAUGUACGGCGUGGAUUCCCUAUACUUCUUUGAUGUCUUCAAUGACUCCAUGGUUCUCUCCCUGCUAUUCGUUUGCUUUUCUCUCUAUACGUGCCAAUCCUCCCCACUGGCAUCAACCGGCAUUGUUGUCUUCCUUUGCGGAGCCCUGGCUACUUAUGACAAGCUGGUGCUGCUCGGCACCUGGGAGCACCUCUCUCGAUGGGGCAUUGUGCUUCCACUCUACGCGUUAUGCUUUGGCUGUACCAUAUUUAUGUUCCGGAACCAAGUCCGCAUGUUUGUUUCCCGCUGGUUUCUCACCUUCCUCCUCUUCGCUGCAAUGGUUGGCGUUUCGUUCUACUGUCUUCUAGCAGCGGACAUUAUGACCAGGCACCCCUUGGACACGCUCAUUUACAAGUCUAGAACUAGUGCAGAUCACUGGGCUAAAAAGGCUUCUGUAAGUCAAAGUGUGAGGGUUGCUGUCGACGAGUACCGCGAGCGUCACCCAGGUCGCAGCCCCCCACCCGGCUUCGAGAUAUGGUACGAGUUUGCUAAAUCGAGGGGGUCUUUGGUCAUCGAUGAGUUCCAGCAAAUUGAGGAAGAUCUUAUGCCGUUCUGGGCCCUCAGUCCUGGCCAUAUUCGAGAGAUUAUCACCCAGCUUGGGACAAACAGAGAUAUUGGGCUCGUCAGUAUACGGAAAGGCGCCGUCACCCACCAGCCUGCAGUCGACUCGUCCCAUAAUGCCAUGUUGGAUGACCUGGUCGACCUCAUCAAGCCAUUUGCGCAGCACCUGCAGGACAUGGAACUGCCUGUCAAUCUGCUAGACCGUCCGAGAGUACUUGCGACGUGGUCGGAAAGGAACAGGUUCCGAGCUGGCGGGAAGAUGAAGAAAUGGUUUGCACCCGUUUUGGCGAAAAGAGAGGACCGCCAGCAGUCUCCCGGCGAAGACGGUUCAGAGCAAGAAAUAAAAAACGACGCACAUGACCUGCAGAACAUGUUGAAAGACAGGCAAUUCUCGACUGCCUGGGAACACCAGCGAAACCUCGGACAGGCCUGUCCUCCUGGUUCGCUAUCGAGGUCGGGGUUCUACUCGAACAACCGAGACUUUUGCUCUCACUGUGUCGACAUCUACUCAAAAGAGCAGUUCCUCGAAAACUGGAACUCGGCUCAGGAUAUCUGCCAUCAGCCCGACAUAUUCAACCUGCACGGAUUCUACAUGAGCGAACUGCCCCUGAAGCCAUUCACGGAGCUCGUGCCCAUGUUCAGCCGGUCCAAGACGGACCGGUUCAGCGACAUACUCAUCCCCCUCAGCAGGGGACCCGACACAUACAGCACCGACAGCAACGAAAAGUCCCUUGUGAACAAAGAGGCGCGGCUGUUCUGGCGCGGCGACGUCGGCACCGACUUCGGCAUGGUCCCAACCCGCCUGCUCAGCGGCGGCCACCAGGAGCGCCUGAGCCACCUGGCCAACAAUGGCACUGUGGAGGACCACAUCACGAUGUGUCUCGCCAUCCCCGGAGACAAGGAUAAGUUCUGGUACGAGCGGGUGCCGCUGAAAGAGAUCCAGUCCGCGCUGAAUCUCGACGCCGGCAUCAGUGACUACUCCAUGUGCCAGAGCCCCGAGUGUGCCGCGGCGAGGGAGGAGUUCGGCUACAAGCCCGCAGAUGAGGGCGACAAGGAGAAGAUGAACAGCCGGUACAUCAUGGUCAUGGACAGCGACGAGGGCCCGCCGCGGGACUUUUUGAAGAUCCUGAGGUCGGAGAGCGUCCCGUUCGUGGCCUCGGUGUUCAAGGAAUGGUACAGCGAGCGCCUGAUGCCGUGGCUGCACUUCGUCCCCAUCGACAUCCGCUUCCAGGCGCUGCACAGCACCCUCGCCUACUUCAACGGUAUGCAGGGCAAGGGGCUGGUCAACGGGCGCGAUGUGCCGAUGCAGUCGCGCGCCGACAACGCCAAGUGGAUCGCGCAGGAGGGCAGGAAGUGGGCGGCUAAGGUCCUCCGCAGGGAGGACGCGGAGGUCUACUUGUUCCGGCUGCUGCUUGAGUGGGGGAGACUGGUCAACGAUAAGAGGGAUGAGAUGGGGUUUGAUCUUGCUGGGAAGAGUGCGAAGGCUCCGGGUGCAGGUGUGAGUUGACCGGCCGCGAGAGUUCGGUAUGGAGCUAUGGUGAGAGAGAUAUCCCGCUCUCGCUGGGAGAAAGAGGUUUUCUUGCCGUUGCUGGAGAUUGUGGCUUCGGUCUGCUUCAGCUUCGGGGAUCAGGGUAUAUAGUGACGAUGUACGGGAGGAUAUAGAAAUCAUCCUCCAUGUAGCAAUAUUAUGAUGAUGGCGCUUGGUUAAUAGAAUGAGCAGGGUAUUCUUAACG